UUGUAAAUAAUUUAUCAGUUUUUUCAAACUUCAUCAUCAAACAAAAAUGUAAAAAAAAGAAGAAAAAUAAAAAAAGAUUAAUACAUAAACUUUGCUUUUCUUCUUUCUUUCUGCAACAGUGUGUUUAAAGUGAAAUCACAAUGAACUUGGCAAAGGCACAGUCUGCACAAAUGCAGUAUGCAAACAGGACUCAAAAUGUUUGCCAAAGAGCCUUUGUGCACCUGACUGUUUGACAGUGGGAUAGCCCUAAGGCCUCACAGAUUUAGCUGUAACGAACUUCAAAGUCUGCAAGUCUUUGAGUGUGGACAUUGAGAUUGGGUUCAUGGUAUCACAAGACCAUUGUUCUCAUCCUGUUUCCUAUAAAAACUUAAUAUUGCUUCCUUCCUAGCCAUGACCAUGAGCCUUCUCUAUCUGUAAGUAGUUAUUGUAUUUAAAUAUAUAUUGCACUUUUCCUCUUAACAUCUGAACCAUGUAGCAGUUAAGAAAACAAAUUUUUUUGCGGCAGUUAUUUGUUACUGAAAUAAGAAAACAAAUAAUAAUGUUGCCCUGCUGACAGGAGCUUUUUAUUAGAAAAUGUAGAAAUGCAUUGUUGUGGAACAAGAUUAUGAAUUACGUAUUUUGUCAUUUCAUUUGGAGGACUUUUUGCAAUUCUUAUGCCUCAGUACGUCUUUCUUGUUACCAGCACUCACAGUAAUCAGUUGUAGGUGUUACUUAAUUUCAGGUUUAGCAGUACAGACAGUCAAUUUUUGCACUGACAAACGAAGAAAAUGACUUUAGUGUGGAUUGGCCGCAUCUUGCCAAUAACAGAUCCACUUAUAGUAAUAAGGUCAUGACUGGAUCCAAUAUCAGUUCAGCUGGGAUAUCUCAAUUCCACUUAGAAAUAUAAUUUCCUUGAUCAUGUAUCCCUUAUACACUGUGCUUUAGAAGGCUCAUAACAUUAUUACCUGUUGUACUCACUCAUGCCUUGUGCACCUUGUUGAAAGGUUAAGUGUCUAAAUCAGUUUCCUAUCCACUCUGGUACAUCAAAUCCAUUAUUUUCUGGGGGGAGGGUGUUGUUUUUUGUUUUUUUUCUAGUUCCCGUUCAGUGUGUCUGUCUGUGCUUGGAUGUCAGUGUGCCAGAUGUGACAGCAAUAGAUCCCAUCCCAGCUGAAAUGUUCCACGCUGUGCUGGAGUUCAAAUGCAAUAUUUGAUAGCCAGAUUUCACCUCCAGGCUGUGUGUUUGUGUGUUGACUUUAUACUCAGGGGAGAUUGUCACAUCUGUGAGUUUGUCCACAGUCGUUGCUGGGUCAGAUGCUUUGCCACUCUGUCGUCACAGUUUUUCUCCUCCCUUAUGUUAAGUCUUUUCCUGCUUCUUCUCCGCCUAAAUUUAUCCUUCCAUUUCCCAUAGCUGCCUCUUUUGGAGUGAUUAUUUGUUUUGGGUUUUAUUUGCAUUUGCUAUUCUCAUCGUUAUUUGUCUUUGACCAUUCCUUCUUGUCCCUCCUUUCCCUUCCUCUCUUCCCCUCUCAUCUCUCCAUUCAUUCUUCUCAUCUAUCUCUCGCAUGUCUCCCCCUCUCUGUUUCCCCUCUUUACCUACAAGUAGUACUACUCUAUCCUUUCCCCUGCCUCCAUUUCUCAUCCCCCUCUUUCCUCCCUUCACUUCCAUCACUGACCCAAUUAAGCAUGGGGAGGGACACAGCACUAGGAGAGUGACGGAGGUAAGGCAAGAAAGAGAGGGAGGACAGGCAGAUAGAACAGAGAGUUUGAGUCAGUAGCAAGAAAACCAGAGAGAGUCAGAAAACAAUUGCCACCAACCUGCCAGGACACACACAGUGCAUUGUCCGAAGUUCACCUGGAACUUAAACCACCUUUGACAGCCUCAGAGGAGGUGGGGGUGGAGUAGCAAGUCGAAAUUCCUGCUGCCACGCACUUACCACUCUCGAAGAAGAAACGAGGAGAAUAACAAUCUACCUUCAGUGAAGACAGCGGGUGGGGAGCUGUGCGGAGUUAGGAUGGCCGAACGCCGGGAUAUAGCUGGAGACUGAGAGGAGAGACUGAAGACAAAGACAUUGCAUUCUGGGCUGGAAACUGAGGGGGGGGCACGGUUGCCCCUAGGCAAGAGAAAGAUUUUUGGUGAUAGGAAAAGAGGGAGAGGAAGGGGGGGAAGGAUGCAUCUGUUCUUCCAAGACAAGUGGGAGGUGGAGGGGCUGCAGACUGUGGGUAUCCUCCUGGUGGUCUGCAGUUCCCUCAAACUGAUGCACUUUCUGGGGCUCAUCGACAUUUCUAUGACAGGUAACCCUUCCCCCAGCCAAAGCAAAAAAACCAUAAAGCAGCGAUUCCUCAAACUGCUGCCGUGCUGCAAGCCUUCGACUACCCCCUCAAUCAGUCAAAACAGCGUGGAAGAUGACUUUGAGUUAUCCACUGUGUGCCAUCGCCCUGAAAGCAUGGACAAGCUGCAGGAGCAAACUAAGUUUACCAAAAAGGAGCUCCAAGUCCUCUACAGGGGCUUCAAAAAUGAGUGCCCAAGUGGUGUGGUAAAUGAGGAGAACUUUAAGAACAUUUACUCCCAGUUCUUCCCUCAGGGAGAUUCAAGUAUGUAUGCACAUUUCCUGUUUGAAGCCUUCGACACGAACAAAAACGGCUCGGUUAGUUUCGAGGACUUUGUAUUUGGCCUGUCUAUCAUCCUGAGAGGGACCAUUAAUGACCGGUUAAACUGGGCAUUCAACCUCUAUGACUUGAACAAGGAUGGUUGCAUCACCAAAGAGGAGAUGCUGGACAUCAUGAAGUCCAUCUAUGACAUGAUGGGGAAAUACACAUACCCCACCAUGCAGGACGAUGCCCCAAGAGAACAUGUGGAGAGCUUCUUCCAGAAAAUGGACCGGAAUAAAGAUGGGGUGGUAACCAUAGAUGAAUUCAUUGAGUCUUGCAAAAAGGAUGAGAACAUCAUGCAGUCCAUGCAGCUGUUUGACAAUGUCAUCUAAACAUCUGGACCAGUGAGGACACUGGCACCAGAGAGGGGUACGUGUGCGUGGGUGUGUAAGAGGACUCGGGAUUGAAGAGAGAGAGAGAAAGAGUCUGACUGCAUGUGUGUUGUGUGUGUGUGGCUGUCUCCCGACUUGCAAGCUUGUGCUCGUGUCUCUGUUGAGAGCUGAGUCCUGAGGACACAGAGAGGGCCCCCUCCCUCUAACUGGACCCCCCAGUGGCUUCCUCCAAGCAACAAAGGAGUGUCCCCAGCGCCCAUCCUCAUCAUGCAGAACCUUACGUUUCAUCCCAGAGACACAGAGAAAGAAAGCAAGCAGUGGGCUCACAGCCACCUGCACACCUAACACCCAACCAGCCCCUGCCUGUUUUAUUUGAACUUUUAUUGCUCUUGCUGACGGAGGGACUAUCACAGCCUUUUAUUGGUUGAACUCAGAAGAAGGAUGCUCUCCCUAAACCCUGAUCUCAGAUCACUUUUCCCCUUUCCUCCGUGAUGGCUGAGAGAUGGCAUUGUGAACCUGAUCCUGCCUCUGUGCAUGUGGGUAACACCUUCCUGGAGCCGUAAGACUCAUGGCUCAUUUCCUGGCCAUAAAAAUAGAAAUGAAUCUACGGCCACCUGGUGGACAAGAGAGAAAAAGACACUUCCUGAGGGAGCAACCAACAAAUUGGUGAUCCGAGCGAUCCCGUCUUACGGAGGGAGCUCCGAACGCAUUCUUUUCCACAAGGGACUGAUUUCAAUAUAGCAUGAUGAUGUCACUAAUAUCUAAUUAUGUAUUUACAGAGAUACUCCAAAGUCUGCUCGUCUGUCUGCUGUCCUAGUCAUUCACAGGUGCCUCACCCUUUGUGUAUGUGUGCGUGCAUGUGUAACAGAAGGAGAUGUCAUCUGUCUUACAAAUGUAAGACUUUUGUGACACAACACCCACCUUCAUUCACAGGAUUUUGGUAGAGUAAUUCCCGGCCUUCCAAACUAUUACAAUCCUAACAGUAGUUGUCUAUUGACUGUUGUACAUUUUCUAGCAUUCCCAGUGGUGUGAUAUUAGGCUGUACAAUGUGGGGAUUGCACUAUAAUUUAAUGAGCCGUUUUAACCCUAGCAGCUUCUCUCGACAUGGGAAUGACAUACCACAAUCGUACUAGUCUAUGAAUAUACAUUCAAAGAGAAGUUUAUUAGAUUGCAGAUUGUAUUUGUGAACUUCUUGUAAUCUGAAAUGUCAUGUGGUUGUCACAGGUUCUACCACUUGAAAAAAACAACAGUCUCCACACCCUUUUUGUAUUAAAUCAGACUAUUUCCAUUUCAAGGAGGCAUAAAGUGAUUGUGUAUAGCAAGUGCAAGACAAGGUUUGAUAGCAGUUUUCUUUUUUCUGUGCCCCCAUUGUUCACUUAUUCUCCCUCUAACACCAAAGAGAAGAUAUCAAUUAAAAAGGUACAUAAAGCCACUUAAGGUAAGACAUUUAGCCCACCUGUGGGUGAAGAAAGAGGGAGUUACUGGGUAUCAAGCUGGACAAGGGGCAAUCAGAGAUAAAAGAGGUAGACUACAUGUAGUUUACCUGCACGCUGUCAAGUGCAAUUUUAGGUUGUGAACCCAUCCAUUAGGCUCAGAUUAAUUAUUUUAGAGCAAUUUGCAACCACUUAUUUGCUUCUUUUCACACUAGAACUAGGCAACACAAAUGUAAGAUGAUGUAAGGCACUCGGGCCGUAAUUAAAUCGGUGCAAGUGUCUUAAAAGCUGAAACAAACAUGAAAUAGCAAUAAUGUUCCCCACUCACCCAACGUCUCCUUCCUCUCAGAGCACACUAUAAGGGUGCACUAACGGCCCUGGUUAAAUAUGCACUUCCAACCCUGCAAUUUCUUAUUUUUUUUAUGUUCUGCAGUUUUUACAUUUAUACUUUCUGGAAGAAUGGUUUGGCUCCGAUUGUUCCUGCCCACAGUUGUGUUCUUUUCCCCAAACACAAGGAAAACCUGUCUAUACCCGCAUGUACUGUGUCUAGAACAAUGAAAACCUACUAACCCGUGGUACUGACUGUCUAGCUAGCCUAAACUGGUUGCAUAACAUAUUCAAAAUGUGUAUAUUUUGUACAGAGAUAAUAAAAAAAAACAAAAAACACAGUUACUAUGCAAAAUGGACUGGCGUGUGAAUUUAUCAGACUAUACAUAAAUUGUCUUUAUUAAAAUAAGUCCUUUCAGUGAGAUAAAGUACCUGUAGCAAUAACGUUUGACAUUUUGACCUGUCACAGCAGGAAAAAAAACAGUGUAUAUCAGCUUAAGUGAGGACCUGCUUUUGUUCAUUCUGGUACACUUUCAGUGCUUUGGGAGAGUCAUCAUAAAUUCCUGUUUUUUCCACAUCUGUGACAAGUCCAAAAAAAGGGAAAUAGGCAAUGUCCAUAAUAAUUUUCAAAUUAUGAUUCAUCAUAAUGUCAA